UCGUGGCGGUCAGAAAAACUCUUUCAUCGUGCGUAAAUUGUCCUCCAAAAUGUUGCAACCGGCCGAAUCGGGCGAGUUGAUCGUGAAGAACGCACGGUACGUGAAAGUCAAUGACGGUGCGAUCGAAAAGCUAGCCGAUCGCAUUAUCCAGGGCAUCCGGGAGAAAGAGAUCAGCGUGGACAAUUUCUCCCAGCAUCAGCACCACCCGACGGCGAAGGAUCCGAAGGCGGUCGAUUGGAUAUUCCUGAUCGAUACGCUCAACUUUUGCUUCUGGACACCGGGCAAGGUUGCUACCAAGUGGACGGUCGAAGGCGAAACGGGCUACUUUGCGCUCUGUGCCGCUAUUAAUCGGGCCAUGCGCGAGGACAUCGACGUGACGAAUCCGGCUUUCUACUCCACGAUCACGAUCGAGCAGCUCGAGCGGAUCCUACGGUCCGACAACGCCACCACGAAGGUACCACUCCUGGAGGAGCGUGUCCGCUGUCUCCAUGAAGUCGGCCACGUGCUACUGGAGCGGUACGGGGGAAAGUUUGAAAACCUAGUUCGAUCGUGCAACGGUUCCGCCGUGGCACUCUUACAGCGCAUCGUGUCCGAUUUUCCCUGCUUCCGUGAUGAGGCCACCCUGGAGCUCGGUGACGGGCCGGAAGUCAGCAAGACACGUGUUUCGAUUUACAAACGCGCCCAAAUUUUGGUGGGCGAUCUGUGGUCCUGCUUCCGCGGUGAAGGAUUGGGCCGCUUCAAAGAUAUUGACGCCAUCACGAUGUUUGCCGACUAUCGAGUUCCUCAAGUUUUGAUCCACUUCGGGACCCUCUCCUACGACGAGCGAUUGAUGGCGGUGCUGCAAGAAGACACACUUUUGGAAAACGGCUGCCGAGAGGAGGUCGAAAUACGGGGCGCAUCGAUUUACAUCGUCGAGCAGCUGAAGGCGUUGGUGCGAGAGAAACUGAUCGGACAUCACUUGGACAUUGCACCGAGCUGCGUCAACGCCAUCCUGUUGGACCACUUCCUGUGGGACUAUCGCCGGAAGCACGCCAAGGAACUGGAACACAUUCCGUUCCACAAAACCAUUAGCGUUUACUACUAACGAAACGAUGAUGGCAGCAUGGCCACAGCGUCAAA